UUUUACUCAGCCAGUGUGGACGUGGGUGCGGACAAGAUAGAGACUGUAACAUGACAGGCGCUCCCACCUCCCGCAUGGCAAGAAGACUUGGAUGACAACACAGGUGUGCAUUUCCGCCUAGCUAAUCACGGAAAAGGGAGAGAGAGAUAGAGAUGGUUGGGAGGAUCUGAUAAAAUUCGCUUGUUCAAGACUGCGCUGAAUGUGCUGCACUGUCGCCAUCGGUUCCAACCCAAAGCAAUCGUAUUCUUUACCUCCUUAGUGGGUUGUGUGGUCUCAGGAGUUACGCAGUGCCUCUCUUGCGGCAUUCUACUGUGUUUUGCUUCCGCUAUGUCUGAAAUAACAUGCCUAGUUGUGCACGGCAAACGGAAGAAGGUUAUUGCUAUCGGCGGUGAACACAAGUUGUGCGACCUGGAAGCAGCUAUUCAGCGCACUUCGCUGAAGAAUCUGGCGUCAAAGACGCAGUUCCAGGUCUUCAAUAAACGCUUCAAGGAAUACGUGGACGUCGAUGACGAUACAACGUUGCAAGGCGAUGACCUAAUUCAUAUUCUGUCAAGUGAAAAGGACGACGCACCACCUGGCCAUAGCCAAGCCGGACCAUCAGUACCGGAGAACCAACCACUAAAUGUAGUGAGAUUGGAACAGCCUAGACCGGUGGCACAACUCCCCUACAUUAUUUCAGAGCCUCCACGUGACAUCGACCAGGAGGUGAAGAUCUUAACGGGCAACAAAGUACCGGACCCUCUUCGGACGAAAAUCGUGCGCUGGCUAUACUCUGAUAUUCUGCGCUACACAUUGUACCCAGCUAAGCUGAACCUUUACUACGAAUCUGCGCGGCAGUUAGUUCUGAAAUAUCCAGCACUGAAGGACAGCACCGGCAGCGGUUUCGGAUCUUGGCAACGCUCCAUAAACUUCCGGACAAGAAAUGAGCGGAAAAAGAUGACAGAGGUUCCUGAGGUAGCGGCUGCUAAGGAGCGUCGGCAGAAAUCCUCCAGGAAGAUGCCCAGUUCAGACCAGCCCACUGAGGUGUACACAAAGACAGGCCGUCCGUCGUUUAUGCCAAGCUGUGCGGGCGAGGAUGACAUUUCAAUCGAGGGACACAAACAGUUGAUGAUUCGAGAGAUGAGGAAGAACGCACAGGUUUCAAGUGCUUUGAUUCACGAUUCGAUGGAGCGAACUGCGUCAGCCCGCAGAACAUGGAUCAUCGAAUGUCCGCGUUCUGCUCAAGAUAUCCUUGCGCAGUGGCCGGCUUUAAAUCUGAGAGAGGAGAUAUGCAGCGAGUUCAAGCGAAUAACUGGCGUCGACCUUGAAUGCUCGAUGCAGGUCUUCAUCAGCAAUCACCGUGCUGCAGUUCUGAGCUGUGCGGCGCAGAGACACUCGGCUACACACGUCGUGGAAAGGCACGAGUAGAAAAUGAAGGAAGCGAAAAGUGAAGAAGAAAAAGAUGGUCGGGGCGCUUUCUUAAACUUCCUGAACAGCAAUACGAAACUUGUGUGCUUUUAUUCUGUCUUAUAGGCUGCUUUUCUUCCUGUCGUCUACGUCGGAUUGCAAUUACACUGGCUAGUCGCUUUGUCUCAACAUAAGGGCGGCUUAACACUAAUCCCUUUGUGUUGAUAUUUUGUCGCCAACAGGCUUCAUGGCGGUGACGACCCUCUGUGCACUUCCGCAUCUUGUAAAGGAGUCGUCGAAGUACUUUUUCGGAAAUGACAACCAGGCAUUCCCCUACCCGGUGAUGAAGGUGUCCGGAGAUAUAUACAACGCAUCAAUGGAGGUGACCGUAACAAUUGAAGGACUCAUGAUCAGGACUGCGGACUUUGUAUCAGGGAUUGCCACGGUCAUUAUGAUUUACUGGGUGUAUGACAUUGUGUAUGACCCUAAGCUGAGGCGAACGUUCUCUGUUCUUGAUCGUUUUCUCGGACUCCCAAGAUCGGAGUCAAAAAGCCUGUUGGAAACCAAAUGUGUGGAGUCAAUCAGGAGCUACAUCUUGGAAUGAAGGCAAUAAAGACGCUUGUUUCUUUCUGU